AAGCAUGGUAUCACGAAUUUUGAGAUUCCAGCACGGACCAGGACACCCGAUAACAUGUCCAAUGGCCUGUCACCUAGUAUGAGGAAGCUACAGCCGAUAUCACGAAAGCGAGCACGGUUGGACGGUAAACUAUUGCUAGAGGACAGAAAUCACAACUCAGUAUGCAUGAUCGCCAUGAACGACUUCAGAAAGCGUAACCUUCUCUGUGAUUUCGUCAUCACUGCAGGAGAGAGGGAAAUAUUUGCUCACAAGAUAAUCCUAAUCUCAACGUCGCUCUGUUUUGCCGGACUACUGGACAGUGGAGGGAAGUUCUCUGAGAUAAACAAGUACAAAGUGGAUUUAGACGGUGAAGUAGUGGAAAAUCUGAUAGAUUUCACGUACACAGGUACGAUAGAGUUGACUCUGCAGGAGGUGCAGGCUAUGCUAGUAGCAGCCAAUCAACUCAAGUUCAUCACUGUCGUCAGAGCAUGUGUAGAUUUCUUGAAGAGGCACAUGUCAGCCAUGACAUGCAUAUCACUACGACAGUUUAGUAAAACUAUCCAAUGUGACGAGUUAAAGUUAUCUGCAGAUGUGUACAUUUUACAACACUUCCGGGAAGUUUCCAACACGGAGGACUUCUGUAAGCUAGCUUAUAGCCAGGUGUGGGAGCUGAUAAGCAGUGAUAAUCUACAAGCAGAGAGUGAAGAUUUAGUGUUUGAGGCGGUUAUGACGUGGAUUAAGUUCGAUGUGACAAACAGACUGUCCUACUUACAAGCCCUCUUUUCGGCCAUCAGAUUACCUCUCAUUCCUAUCAGAUACCUACUUAAAAAAGUAGAAACAGAAGAACUGAUAACUAAUGAUGUGACCUGCAACUCACUGCUACACAAAGCUAAAAACUACCAUUUACUACCCGAUAACAGGUGUCAGUUCGUUAUCCCUGGUCCCCUACAAAACCCAGGACGAUCUAGGCUUGUCAGUAACGUGCUCUACGCUGUAGGUGGGGAGGAACUUAAUGGUGCACGACUCAAAAGUGUAGAAUGUUACUCGACCGAAACAAAAGAGUGGAUACCAGUAGCUAACUUGAACACCGAGAGGAGCGGAGCAGCUGUCUCAUUCCUUCAGGGAUAUCUUUACGCGUGUGGAGGUUUUGAGCAGUCGAGUGCGCUGAGCAGUGUGGAGAGGUAUGAUAUCUACAACAACAGGUGGAGUUACCUUCCUCCUAUGAUCAAAGAGAGAUCCUGUGCUGGAGCUACUGUUCUUGAUAACUGCUUGUAUGUAGCAGGUGGUAACUCCAGUUCAACCACCCUCAACUCCGUCGAGAGAUUUGACCCACGCGACAACGGGUGGAGCGCCGUGGGUAACAUGCAGUUCCCGCGCAACGGAGUCACUGUUUGCACGUGCAGGGGCAUGGUGUACGCUGUCGGGGGACAUGACGGUCAUCAGGAACUCAAGUGUGUGGAGAGGUACAACAUCCGGAUGAACAAGUGGGAGAGCGUGUGCUCAAUGCACUCUCACCGCUCCUACGCGGUAGCGGGGGUUGUGGGCGGGGAGGUGAUUGUGGUUGGGGGUUACAACGGCUCAAUAAACCUGGCUACGGUUGAGAAGUACAAUCCUGUAAGCGAUAGCUGGUCCAUGUUGUCCAUGUUGGGCAGUCCCAGGAGCUAUGCAGGAUGUGGAGUUCUGGACGACAACCUGUUUGUCGUGGGAGGAUGUGACAUCACACAAUGCCUAAACACUGUGGAGAUGUACGACUCAACCACCAACAAGUGGAGUCCUUCGGAGAGAAUCAACGUUCCUCGAGCCUGCUGUGGUGUGUCCGGACUCUGUUUUAGCUCAUGAAGGAAACGUGACAUUGUGAGAUGACUUUGUUAUGACGUCACCGGUUAUUUAACACCUCAAUAGUCAAUAAUAUUGUGAGCAAAAGGGAUUUAGAGGUGAUGGACGAGACUACAAGUUGUAGCAGUAGCCAUAGAGCAUGGAGAGAGAACUGUUGUCGAAAGAUCAUGAGAACAGGAUGGUUGAGAAUUGAGAUGCUAUGGAUUUGUGUCGUAAAGACUUAUAUAAUAGAUCAUGAUGCAGAUGUUAAACUAUUAAAUUUAUAUUACUCAUAUACUUAGGAUAAACUAGAAAAUUAGCAAUAGGGCGAAGAUAAUCGAUCUGGAACUUGAUUUUGAUUUUAUUUUGGUGUUUUUUUCGAUCUUGAAUUUUCUUGCCAUGGAAUAUAACAUAAACAUUCAUAAAUGAUAAAUGAUAAAAUUCAAAAAGAUAUGAUUUGAUAACAAAAAAGUUAUUAUAAUCUUACAAUAGCUGUUUGAUAUAGGACGUUACGACUUUCAGUUUGAAACUUAGUGUACUAAUUUAAAAACAUAGAUCAUAGGUUAGCUUACUAGAACUUAACAAAAUUUAAAUAUGAAAUACAUAGAUUUCGUUGAUACAUUAUAUAUGUUAAAUUGUUCGAAAUAGACAUGGGACAGUCGACAAAGUUAUUAGUUUUUCUUAUUUGAUCGGUGCGAUCUUGAUUCACAAUUUGGCGGUUUAGUCUAGUUCAUGUAUGUCAACAAAUUAUAUUAAUUUUUUAAAGGUGUCUUUUGAGAUGUUGAACUUACACGCAAAAAUCGAAACGCACCUGUGCUACUCAAUAUUCGUGUAUGUAUAUUGAUAGCAUUUUCGUGUGAAGGAUUGUGUAAUACGUGUAUGGAUAUUGAAUAUUGAUAUGUACGGAUUGAUUGAUACUUGGCAACCAUUAAAGACUUAGUUAUCUUGUUUCCCGCAAUAACACUUUCAUUUAAACAAAAUUUUUGAUAAUGGUAUAUCUUGUACGUACUGCAUUGAUAUUCACGUUCGAAAAUUUUAUCAUAAAUACAUUACGUUUCGUUUUGCAAAUUUAUUUACUUGAUUUUUAAUUUCAGAAUGACAAAU